AUGUGUUUCAAAAUAGGAAGAGAAUUGACCAAGGAGGAACUUAAAGAGAGAGAAAAGAAAAGGAAAGCUAUAGAGAAGGAGAAAAAGAAAAGAGAAGAAAAGGAGCAGAGAGAGAAGGAGAAGAAGAGGCAAGAACAAGAGGAGAUGAAGAGGAAAAAAGAGAAGGAGAAGAAGAAGCGUGAAGAGUUGAAAAGAAAAGAAAAAGAGAAGGCAAAAAUGAAGCACAAGGUGAAGAAAUAA